AUGGUGAAAUCAACACAUGCACCUUCAAUUCUGAUUACUUUAAUCGUAAUUCUAUCGCUACUAAUUCGAUCAAAAGGAGACGCAAGAUCCAAAAUCAUCAACAUAACAUGCGAUCGACAACUAGAAAACAACAUGACGCAAUUCAUCCCAAACUUCGUCCGUACAAUGGAAAUAAUCGGCACACUAUUGCGAACCUCCCGCAACGGCACCGCCGUCACCGGCACCGGACCCGACAGCAACUACGGCCUCGCCCAAUGCUACGGCGACCUUUCAUCUCAAGACUGCAUCUUAUGCUACGCCGAAGCCCGUACAGUUCUCCCCAGUUGCUUCCCGAACAACGGCGGCCGGAUUUACCUCGACGGUUGUUUUAUGCGGGUUCAAAAUUACAGCUUCUAUCAUGAAUACACUGGCCCGAAUGAUAAGUUGGUUUGUGGGAAUACGACGGCGAAGAGUGGGUUGUUUGGGGCGGCGGUGAGGCAGGCGGUGGGGAAUGCGGUGGUUGAGGGUUCGAGAAAUUGGGAUUAUUUUGCGAGGGGGGAGAGUGUGGUGAAUGUGAAUGAGUCGGUGUUUGUGAUGGCGGAAUGUUGGAGGAGUUUGACUCCGGCGGAGUGUAGGGCGUGUUUGGAGAAUGCUUCGGCGGCGAUUUCGAAAUGUCUGCCGUGGUCGGAGGGGAGGGUGUUGAAUACGGGGUGUUUUAUGAGGUAUUCUGAUAUGGAUUUUUUGAAUCCUAUACCAGUUGCAACCGGGUCUAGCAAUCGAGGAAAGAUAAUAGCUAUCGUGGUUUCUGUUGUUAGUUCUGUGGCAGUUCUCACAGUUGCUCUGAUGAUAAUUUUGUAUAUAUGGAAACAAAGAUAUGUACAAAAGAAGAGAAAAGGUUCUUAUGAUGCAAAGAAACUGUCAAAGAUGCUUAAUGAUAGUAGCUUAAACUUUAAAUACUCAACGGUUGAAAAGGCCACGGGAAAUUGGGACGAAUGCAAUAAGCUUGGACAAGGAGGAUUUGGAACGGUCUAUAAGGGAAUUCUUUCAGAUGGGCGAGAAAUAGCUGUGAAGAGGCUCUUCUUCAACAACAAAUUCAGAGCAGCGGAUUUCUAUAACGAAGUUAACAUGAUUAGCAGUGUUGAACACAAAAACCUUGUGAGGUUGUUAGGAUGCAGUUGUUCAGGCCCCGAAAGCAUUCUCGUAUACGAAUAUCUUCCCAACAUGAGCCUCGACCGCUUUAUUUUUGAUGCAACAAAAGGGAAGACCCUAAACUGGGACAAAAGAUUUUUGAUCAUAAUUGGCACAGCAGAAGGCCUUGUCUACCUUCAUGAAAACACCAAGAACCGAAUUAUUCACAGAGAUAUCAAAGCUGCUAACAUCUUGUUAGACUUGAGACUUCGUGCUAAAAUAGCCGAUUUUGGGUUGGCCAGAUCUUUUCAAGAUGAUAAAAGUCACAUCAGCACUGCCAUAGCUGGAACACUAGGAUAUAUGGCUCCGGAGUAUCUAGCCCAUGGUCAGUUAACCGAAAAGGCUGAUGUCUAUAGCUUUGGUGUUUUACUUUUGGAGAUAGUCACCGGUAUGGAAAACAACAAAAGCAAAACCACAGAAUAUACCGACAGUUUAGUGUCUAUUGCAUGGAAGCAUUUCCAAGAAGAUACAGUGGAAGAGAUAUUCGACCCGAAUCUAAUGAUGCAUCUUUAUCCCAACACUAAUUAUCACAAAGAGGCUAAAAAAGUGGUACAAGUAGGACUUCUUUGCACACAAGAAGCUCCAUCUUUAAGACCAACAAUGUCGAUGUUACUAAAAAUGUUGGCAAAAGAUGAUGAACCUUUACCCCUCCCUUCCAAUCCUCCUUUCAUAGAUGAAAAAACCAUGGAAUUGAAUGACAUUUCAGAAAAGUUACAAAAUUACAGUUACACGGAUAGUUCUAGUUCCAUUGCUACAGUUUCCCAGAGUCAUUUCUACCCGAGGUAAUGAAAAAAUUUUAUUUAUAUUUGUUUAGAUGAUUUACGUGUGUUACCUUUUGAUUUGCAAAAGGGCUAUUCGUAAUACAUAGGUUUUUUUUUUUGUGUAUUAUAUAACAUUAUUAAUUGAUUUGAGGAUUCAUGGUAAUGUUCAAUCCAAUGAUUUGACGUAAAUUUCAUGUUUUAAAAUUACUAAAUCAUUUAUAA